AUGGCAACUCUCACUCAUUCUAGUAGCUUUACCCACCUCUUCACAAAACUCUCCCUUAAACCCAAAAAAUUCACAUCCCCUUCAAGAAUCCGCAUGUCUCUUCAAGAAAACGCCCCCUCUCUCGCUGUCGUUGGUGUAACUGGUGCAGUCGGCCAAGAAUUCCUCUCUGUCCUCUCUGACCGUGACUUCCCUUACGGUUCUAUUAAAAUGCUGGCCUCCAAGCGCUCUGCUGGCAAGCAGAUCACUUUCGAAGACAGAAACUACACGAUUGAAGAGCUAACUGAGGAUAGCUUUGAUGGGGUUGAUAUUGCCCUUUUUAGUGCUGGUGGGUCCAUUAGUAAGCAUUUUGGGCCGUUGGCUGUGGAGAAGGGAACCAUUGUGGUGGACAAUAGCUCGGCUUUUAGAAUGGAAGAAGGGGUUCCUUUGGUGAUCCCUGAGGUUAAUCCAGAGGCUAUGAAAGGGAUUAAAGUUGGGAUGGGAAAGGGUGCUUUGAUUGCCAAUCCAAAUUGUUCAACUAUUAUUUGUUUGAUGGCUGCUACUCCUUUGCAUAGGCAUGCCAAGGUGAAACGAAUGGUUGUUAGUACAUAUCAAGCAGCCAGUGGUGCUGGUGCUGCUGCAAUGGAAGAGCUUGAGUUGCAGACUCGUGAGGUCUUGGAAGGAAAACCACCCACUUGCAACAUCUUUAAGCAACAGUAUGCUUUUAACUUGUUUUCACACAAUGCACCUAUUCUAUCAAAUGGGUACAAUGAAGAAGAAAUGAAAUUAGUUAAAGAAACCAGAAAGAUCUGGAAUGACAUGGAUGUUAAAGUCACUGCUACAUGUAUACGUGUUCCUGUCAUGCGUGCACAUGCUGAAAGUGUUAAUCUUCAAUUUGAGAAGCCCCUUCUUGAGGAUACAGCAAAAUCUAUUUUGAAGAGUUCUCCUGGGGUGGUGGUUAUUGAUGACCGAGCAUCUAAUCACUUUCCUACACCUUUGGAGGUAUCAAACAAAGAUGAUGUUGCAGUUGGCAGGAUUCGUCAUGAUGUUUCGCAAGACGGAUAUAGUGGGUAA